CCCGACUAGCUCUUGUGCGGAGAGAAGCGCACACUUCAUGGCUCAUAGGGACGUCGAACCUAGAGAUCUUCAAGCUCUGCCUUCCUUUGUCUCUUGGGGCCAGCAAGGCAGAAAGGCCGACAGGACUGCCAAGGCUAACUGAGCAUGUAAGAGCGAUCCUUGCCUGGCUGGCUUGUGCAGCCUGUGAGCUAAAUGUAACUCAGAGAGGCGGCUAUAAAUAGCCAUUCAUUGUCAGCGUGUGUGAGAAAAGACAAGAGUGAGUGUGUGCUGGUCUGAUUCAGGCCCCUUUAAACGGCUGUGUGGACAGGACUGUAAACGAAGCGGCUGGGAUUGGAACAAGGAUCCGCAGGCACUGCCAGGGGCUUGACACUCACGGAAGGGAAGCUGCUCAACGCUGGACUUGCCUCUGCUAUGGCAAAAAUCAUCUUGAGGCACCUCAUAGAGACCCCAGUGCGUUAUCAGGAGGAGUUUGAAGCUCGAGGCUUGGAAGACUGCAGACUGGAUCAUGCUCUGUAUGCGCUGCCAGGGCCAACCAUUGAGGAUCUGAGGAAAACCAGAGGCACGCCCCAGGUUCUUGCGGAGGACUCAGCCUCCACUGAGAUGCCACCCGGAGAAGGCAAAUCCCGCUUCCAGAUCUUGCUGGAUGUGGUCCAGUUCCUGCCUGAGGACAUCAUCAUCCAGACCUUCGAGGGCUGGCUACUGAUCAAAGCGCAGCACGGAACCAGAAUGGACGAGCACGGGUUUAUAUCCCGGAGUUUCACCCGACAGUACAAACUGCCAGAUGGCGUCCAAACCAAAGAUUUGUCUGCUAUCCUCUGUCACGAUGGGAUCUUGGUGGUGGAAGUCAAGGAUCCAGUCGGGACCAAGUAAAAUUGGUUCUUGUUCAUACUGCAGGAUGAGAUGAAAGACGGCGGCGCGCGCACGCAUGUUUAACUUUUGAGAUGCUUUGCUGUAACUUUUAUGAGGAUUAAAAACGUAUCCACAGUU